CACAUUUCACAGCAAGGCAGUGUUACCAGCAACGACAACUUGCAUCAUGUUAUUGAAUCCGCUCUCUGGGGCGGCUAUCCUUGGAGCCCUGUUGGUGUUCUACCUGGCACGCUGCUAUUCAUCCCCAUUGUGGAAAAUCCCCGGGCCAGCCCUGUCUAAAGUCACCUCAAUUGCCCUGAGAUGGCACGAGUUCGGCGCCAAUCGAACGCUGUACAUUCACUCUUUGCACUUGAAGUAUGGCCCGGUCGUGCGGAUCGCUCCCAACGAAGUUUCAUAUACGUCUUAUGAGGCUGUCAAGGAGAUUUACGGAUCACUCGGAAGUGGUUAUGACAAGCAUCGUUUCUACAACCUCUUCAAGGUUUUCGGGCGCAGAACCAUGUUUUCAACCCUUGUGAAAGGCGAUCACGCGAAGCGCAAGCGUAUCAUUGCCGAUCGCUAUGCUAAUAGCAAUGUGGUGAAGCCCAUAGCGCUGAGCGGUAUUGAGAAGCGUGCGGAAGAGUUUGUUAGGCAGUGUGCAGACGCAGCAAGUAGAAGUGUGAAUGUCUAUGUCAAGCUUCACUCUUACGCUUGUGACUGCGUGACCCAUCACUUGUUCCAUCCUUACGGAACCAAUAGUCUCCAGAAACAGGAAGACACGGACAUGAUGGAGCAAGUCACGACGGACGAUAGUCUACGAAACCGCCUUAUCCAGCAUCACUAUCCCGUCUUUUACCAGUACUUCUCUAAGAUUCUUGACCUGUUCUUCGAUCCACGAACCACGCCUCUUGCUAAGGACUUCGUUGUUGGUGCUACUUCCAAAAUUGAUCCCGCGCCGUUCACCCUGUUAAGCCGUCUUCAAGACAAGAGGGAAAGCGGCAGCAGCGUCAACCAGAUGGACGCCAUUGACAUCGCCGCGGAAUGUACGGAUCACAUGGUAGCUGGCAUUGAUACAACCGGUGAUUCGCUGUGUUUCUUGUUGUGGGAACUGUCACAGCCUGCAUCUCUUGAGAUUCAACGGAAACUCCGGGAGGAGAUUCGAGAGAAUCCAGACGCCUCUUUUGACAAGCUUUCUUACCUUGACGCCGUGAUUCAAGAAGGCCUCCGAUGCUAUCCUGCGAUCCCAAUGUCCCUACCUCGCGUGGUCCCACCGGGAGGGAAGACCGUCGAUGGCUACUUUAUUUCCGAGGGUACCAUCGUGAGCAGCCAGGCCUACUCGGUUCACCGCAACAACGAUGCAGUCUUCCCCAACCCUGACACCUUCAGCCCUGAACGCUGGCUAUCCCCCACCGGAGAAGCCGAGAGGAAGAGACACAUGUUUGCUUUUGCUCAUGGUGGAAGAGGCUGUGUCGGAAAACACCUUGCAUUGGCAGAGAUGAGGAUUUUGCUCCGUGGCAUAUACGGACGAUACUCCACUGUACCAGAUCCUUCCAUCACUCCCGAGAGUAUGCGAUCUCACGACCAGAUCAUUUCUGCCCGGCCAUACGGACAACGGUGUCUCUUGCGAUUCAUUCCUAUUGCGAAUGAAGAGGUUGUAUAAG